AUUUAUAUCUCACUUCCAUACAUAACCGACUCAACGCACCGAAAAAGCAUCGAAGAUCGUCGAGAAGUUUGGCUAAUACAACACGAAGAAUUGAAUACCAGAGAAGAAAUGGCAUUGCAGUGGAUGAUUAUGGCGUAUCUGGUGGCAGCGGAGGCCGCGCUGGCCGUUGUCCUCACUCUUCCCUCGCCCAAAGCCAUACGAUCUCGGAUUGUGGCAGCCGUCUCGCUAAUUCUCAAGCCAGCACUCUUUAUCGUACCAUUUGCCGGAUUCCAGCUUCUCGAUAUAUACUGGAAGAAUGAGCAUCGGUUGAUGUGCACUGGAGAGGUCUGCACCGCCGCGGAGAGGAAUCGCUAUGAGAAAUCGAUGUACAAGUCUCAGAGGAAUGGAGUGCUGUGCGUUGCGGCUUGCCUCCUUUACUGGUGCAUCUUCCGCAUUUGCUGUUAUAAUAAACAGAUCGAACGCAUUGAGGAAGUCGAGAAGAGGAACAAGGAACACUAGUACAUAUCUUUCUCCAUCCAUUUUGUUUUUGUCAAAUGCGGGUAGAUGCGAGGCUGCAAAUGUCUCUAUGCUAGUUUUUCAUAUAUUUGUGUCUGUUGUUUAGCUCUAUAGUUUGUCUGACUCGUGGAUUCUGCAAAUAAAUAUAGUUGUUAUGUUAGCUCA